AAUGCUGUGUAUGAAGUGGAAAAUUAUGUGGAUGAUGAUUUGUAUGACGUUGAUUCACUCCAGGCAGAUUACGAAGAAGUCACACUGAAAUUCCAUAAUAUAUCAGAGGACCCGUCCAAGGGAUCAGGAAUUUACUACGGUUAUAAGGAAAACGGCAUUCAGACCUCCAAAGACGGCGGAUAUCUGCGACAUCACGUGACGCCUGAGCGACAGGACUGUCAAGAAUUGUUUGAGGAAGGUUUUUUGACAGACGGUGUCUACACGAUACGGCCAUCGGGAGGGGAUACAACGGACGUUUGGUGCGAUAUGGAACAAGGCGGAUGGACGGUCAUCUCCAGGCGGCAGGACGGGUCUGAAAACUUUAACCGUGGUUGGGACAAAUAUGUCGCAGGAUUUGGAAACCAAACAGGCGAGUACUGGCUUGGUCUCGAAAGCAUACACCUGCUUACUCUUUUCAAUACAUCGGUGAGGGUCUACGUUGAAACAUUUGGCGAUGUAUCUCCGACCUCCAUGAAUGCGAUCUACAGCAAGUUUGUUGUCGAUGAUGCCUCUACCAACUAUCGGCUUGAGAUUGAUGGCUUCACUGGAGACUGUGGUGACAGCAUGGCUUAUCACAAGGGAAUGCAGUUCAGUACUUUCGAUAACGACAAGGACAUGUACACUGGCAACUGUGUCGUUGAUUACCAGGGAGGAUAUUGGCAUAACAUAUGUCAUAGAGCUAAUCCAAACGGACUGUAUCUAGGUGGUGUCACUGAUCUGUAUGGUGACGGAAUGUCUUGGUACGAAUGCUGGGGACAUAACUAUUCACCCAAGAUAUACAUAUACAAAAUCAAAAGAAACUAA